AUGUCUCUGGACGAUAUUGGUAUUGAUUAUACCACGAACGUGUUGACCACGUCCGGACCGUCUACUAUGGCAAAAGCAAAGGAAUCCCCGACGCUGCUCAAGUUCGAGCCUGGCUCCAUGGUGUGGAAAGCAUGGCGUUCCCGUUAUAACAAUUAUGUCAAAAUACAGGAACUCACCGCGGAGGACGAUCAAAAGCGGCUGCUAUUGGACUCACUAGGAGUGGAAGCACAUGAAAUGUUGUUUGCCAUGUGUCUGCCACAAGAUCCCGCAGAGCUAAAGCUGGAUGAAGUCAUUGCCCAUCUCGAGCAUGCAUACGUAAAGAAGACACUGCAGUCAACAGAAUGGGCGAACUUUUUCCUCCUGAAGCAGGAAGUUGGUGAAACCCUUUUGGAUUUUGCCAAUAAGCUGCGGAGGAAGGCUGUGUUGUGUUCUUUUCCGGCGGACGCGUUGGAGGGGAACAUGCGUGCGGCCUUCCUAAACGGAGUCCAAAAUGAAGCGACGCAGCGCCAUUUGCGAACCAAGGAAAUCGAUAUUCUGGCGAAAGCGCUGGAUAUCGCAGAGCAGUAUGAGCUGGCGCAGCUGAAGCGGACAGCCACUACUACUGAAGUGGCGAGGAUCGACGGCGGCCAGAAGGGACGUUCGGGGCCACAUCCGAAGGGACGUAACGGUGGUACUCGACCUGGGCGUGGUGACGGCAACAGUGGCAAGAUGGCUGGCAGCAGCGGCGCAUGCUACGCGUGUGGCGGGAAAGGGCAUGUGAAGGCCGAUUGCUGGGCGAAGGAAGCGACGUGCAGAAACUGCGGCAAGAAAGGUCACGUCGCAAAGGCGUGCAAGCCUCCGCCAAAGGGCGACAGAGGCGGCGGUGGCCGUCGGACGUGGACAGUGCAGGAAGACUUCGACGUCCUGGCUAUCGGUGAAGAAGUGGGUGGAUCGAUUCGGGUACCGAUCACCUUGAAUGAUGCCCGCGUAUCCAUGCUGUUGGAUACGGGAUCGGGUGUGACGAUCAUCACGGCGAGCACGUGGAGACAGAUCGGCUCGCCGAAGCUGACGCCUUAUGCCACACCACUACGAAGUUUCACGGGCCAUCCGAUCCAGGUGAUCGGAAGUGCAACGAUGCCGGUGGUAUAUGGUCGGACAAGGAAGUCACUGCCUGUCGUCGUCGUAGCCCGUGGAGGUGAUGUGCUGGGGCGUGACUGGAUCAAAGCGCUAGAUUUGAGUCAUUUAAGUCUCAAAGAGCUGCAGGUGUUUUCGGUGUCAAAGGUCACCGCCCGCGCAACUGUCCAGAGCAUCCUGGAUCGCCACAGCAGCGUAUUUCGCGAGGAACUUGGGCACUGCAAGGAGUUUAAGGCUCACCUCUACCUAAAGGAAAGCGCGAAGCCGGUCUUUUGUAAGCCACGAACGGUCCCGUUCGCCUAUCGGGACGCAGUGGAGAAAGAUUUGGACCGCUUGAAGCGAGCCGGAGACAUCCGCACGUGCGCUGACCUAAGCACUGGAUUGAAUGACUCGCUCGACGUGCAAACCUAUCCGCUGCCCACUCCCGAUGAACUAUUUGCCAAGUUAAACGGGGGCGACAAGUUCAGCAGCCUGGAUCUGGCAGAAGCGUAUGCGCAAAUAGAGCUGGACGACGAAAUCGCAAGCGGACCAAGCAUAUUCCAACAGAUCAUUGAGCGCAUACUGCAAGGCUGCGAGGGCGUGGCAGUGUACAUUGACGACAUUAUCGUCACGGGCAAGACCGACGAGGAACACCAGCGAAACUUGGAAGCGGUGUUAGAACGGCUGGAGAAGUACGGACUUCGCGUGAAACUGUCGAAGUGCAGAUUCAUGCAGGAAUCGGUCGAGUAUCUGGGUUUUGUGGUGGACCGACACGGGCGACACAUAUCCCAGGAUCGUGUGAAGGCACUGGUGGACAUGAAAAUGCCCACCAACGUCAGUGAGUUACGUGCUUACCUGGGCAUGGUAAAUCACUACGCCAAGUUCGUACCGAACCUGUCCGCAAAGUGCAGUCAGUUUCACCGCCUAUUAAAGUCCGGCGCACCAUGGGAAUGGACGACUGAGUGUGCGAAGCAGUUUCAGGCACUCAAGGAAGAAAUCGUCCACGCAACGUUCCUGGUGCACUUUAAUCCCGCAAUGCCGCUGGUGCUGGCAGCGGAUGCGUCGCAGUAUGGUUUGGGAGCGGUUCUGUGUCACCGUUUUCCCGACGGAACAGAAAGGCCGAUCGCGCACGCGUCUAAGAGUCUGUCAGCGGCGGAAAAGAAUUACGGGCAAAUUGAAAAAGAGGCACUCGCGCUCGUCUACGGCUGUAAGAAAUUCCACCAGUACGUGGCCGGCAGGGAGUUUACGCUGUUAACGGAUCACAAGCCGUUAUUGAGCGUCUUCGGCAAGCGGAAAGGUGUCCCAGUGGUCACGGCCAAUCGUCUUCAGCGGUGGGCGUUGUUGCUCAUGGGAUACAGCUUUUCCAUAGAGUACCGCCGCACCGAGGAGUUUGGUCAAGCAGAUGGUCUCAGCCGACUGCCGCUCCACUCCACGCAGCUGGAGAAAUACCCAAACCUGGGAAUGGAUAACGUAGUGAGCGCGCUGCAUGUGGAAAGUGCCGAAAACAUACCCGUGUCAGUGGAAGACAUCGCAAGGGAAACGGCUGCCGAUGCGGAGCUCCAGGAAGUACGCCAGCGCAUCAGUCGCGGCUGGCCGGACUCCGUAAGCGAUCGGCUUCGGCCGUAUAAGAAGGUACAGCACGAGCUGAGCGUGCUGAAUGGCUGCGUGUGCUGGGGAUCGCGCACGGUUAUUCCCGAGAAGUAUCGUCCCAGGAUACUGAAGCAUCUACACGCAGCCCACAUGGGCGCCGGGAAAAUGAAAGGUGAAGCGCGGGGCUACUGUUGGUGGCCAUCGAUGGACAGGGAGAUCGAGCAGGUCGCCAAGGACUGCCGAAUAUGCACCGAGCGCGCGGGUGAGACAGCGAAAGUUCCGCUAGCGCAGUGGCCGGUGCCCGAUGCUCCCUGGAAGCGUGUCCACAUGGACUUUGCCGGUCCAUAUCGGGGCACGAUGUUGCUUGUGGUUGUGGACGCAAUGUCCAAAUGGCCGGAAGUGGUGCAAAUGAAGCACGCAACGACGGAAGGAGUGAUGGAGGCGCUGCUCACGAUGUUCAGCCGAUACGGUGUGUGCAAUGAAGUUGUGUCGGACAACGGCACACCUUUCACUUCGCAGCAGUUUACGGAGUUCUGCAGCAAGUAUGGCAUACGGCACACCCGGACGCCUCCAGGUCACCCGCAGUCAAACGGCCAGGCCGAGCGGUAUGUGCAAACCGUUAAAGACGGACUUGCGAAGUUGAUGGCCGACGGUCAUGCACUGCCGGAUGCGUUACGCCAGUUCCUGUGGCGUUAUCGAAGCGCGCCAGAUGCAACGACCGGGCAGUCGCCGGCCGAAUUGUUUAUCGGACGGAAGCUCCGAUCGACGUUGGACCUUUUGAUUCCCGUCAUGGCAACCACGACAGAGCGCAACCGCGAGCGAUACCAGAAGAAUUUCGAUAAGCGGACGAAACCGAAGGAGUUCCACAGUGGUCAGCUGGUGCUGGUGCGCGACUACCGGUUGAACCGCACAGUUGAUUGGAUAAGCGGAAAGUUAGUCAGACGUUAUGGUACGAAGGUGUGGGACGUGAAGGUUGGCGAUCUGAUAUGGCGCCGACAUGCCAAUCAGAUGCGGCCACGAAGUUGGCUGGAAAUGCACGAAAUGGUAGAAGCGGAAAUUCCACCAUCAGCCAACGCGGAAGCACCACCGCCUACCAUUGACAAUGACCUUCCGGAAGUGACCAGUGAAGCCUUGCCAGCGUCUACUGCAAACGAUGCAGAGACUGUAAAAACGGAACCUGAUCAGCCGAAAGCUCAACCCGAUGCGGUGAAGGUUUCCCAACCGCAGCCCGUAGAAACCAAGCCUGCCACAGUGAAUAAGCCACAGGCUACGAAGCCCAAGAAGACCAAACCGGAACCGGUGGAACCACGUCGUACAGCUAGGGCGAACGCUGGAAUAGCUCCUAAGCUGUUAAUACAUGAGCAAUGA